CUGCAGGCAAUCCAAGCGAGGGAGGCGGGGCAGAGCCGCCUCCACCCAUCACCAUCCUUCUCCUCAAGCAUCCACCACUCCCCAACCUUCUCCUCAAUCCCCUACGUCCCAUCUGCCAUCAUGGAACGUGAAGGCAUCCUCAACAGCGGACGUGCGGGCGGUGACUGGGUCGGCGGUUGCUGCACCAAGGAGCGCGACCGGGUUGAUGGAGCGCAGCCUGAAGAGCCAGACACAAGCGCUGGCUUUGGAGCUGCACGUCUGCAGGCUGGGCAAGGUGAUAGAAAUGCACCCUUUUGUCGUAGGGUGGGCACUGAUGAAGCUAUAAGGAGGGGCAAUGGCGACCCAAGCAAUGAAGAUGAUGAUCUGAUGAUGAAUGAUUCACCAGCAACAGAGCCAGCUUGGAGAGGACUUCUAAACAAUGACAUCUAUCAUAACUGUAAUCAUGGCCCAAAGUAUGGUGGUGGGGUUUGAUUGUCGGUAUUGCCGCCUAAAGAGUAGAGGAGGAGGUGCAACUUGCUUUAGGGAGCAUCUUGGUGGUAUACCAGGUGAUGUUAGGGAGUGCCAAAUGUUCCAAGAAAUGUGUGUGCUGCAACGAGGAAGUCCCAGGAUGAGGCAAUGAGGAAGAAAAAAAGGCAAAUCGCUAGUGUCUCACGUGCAAUUUAGAGGAGGCCUGGGAGUGACAGUUUGCUCGUAUGUCUUUUGGGAAGCGAAGUAUCACACCAUACUUCGACAGGGAAUUAUUAAGCAACAAAGUACCGAUGCAACCAAAC